GACACACAUUGCUUCAUCAAGCAAAGUUUCACUUAAUUUCUAUUUCUACAUAAACACACAUCAAUCUCAUUGAUUUUCUGCAACCACAUCUAACUUGUCUUUCAACUUCUGUAAUCUACAUAAUUACUUGGCAUCAUGACUCACUUCAAAUGAAUUGUCAAAAUAAAAAUAUAUCAAUGAUAUAAAUCCUUUAAUUUGAAUUGGUUAGCUUUGAUUUGAUUUAGAAAGAUGGAAAGCUUUAUCUCACUGUCCUAUUAGCAGGACGAACUGUACAUGUGUGAUUGCAGGUGUGGGAGGAGACAUGAUUUCGCUAUUCAGGAAGUGCAAGCAGUGACAACACUUAUUUUAUUUAUUUUAUUCAACGAUGGAUGUACCACAAUUAGGACCCAUCCAAGACUGGAUAGCUCUUCAGAGGACACAUGAACGUUUAAUUAUGGAAGCUGGGCAGUUGGCAGAACCCACCAGCACUGAUGAUAUGAUUAACCCUAAUUACCUAUUGGCUGGGGGAAGCUAUGGUGCAUACCAGUUCAGCAAUACUUGUGUUAUAGACUCCAUUUUGGCUGGAAUUCAUGUUCUUGCCAAAAUGUAUCCCCAAAUUCGAGAUUUGUUCACGAGGGAUAACAAAAUCAAUGCGGUUAUACGUUUCCUAGACUUCGCCAAGGUCAAUGAGGCAAAGGCACUGUGGCUUAUUAACUUGAGCCUUCGUAAGGGAAAAAACCUCAUGCAAAAUGCAUUUGUAGAUAUCAGAGGUUAUGUUAGAGACCACUUGUCAAACUUCAUUGAGCUGGUAUGUGCCAGCUUCGACUAUGAUGACUCGCAAUCAAGCUCCACACCAUGUGACACAGUUCUCAACAACAUAUUGAGGAAGUUUGAGGAUUACGGUGAGGUAAAACCCUUAGGAACUUCUCGUCAUGAACCCAAACUCAUCCUGGUAGACAUUGAUGACCGGAUGUGUAUCCUACCUCCCCUCUCCAUCACGGAUGAUUAUGAAAGGACAUACGAGCUCCAGUUCCUGCUGAUGGGACAGAGUACACCCCUGUCCAACCACAUGGUCCUAUUCCUGUCCACUCAGCUGACUGGCAGAUGGAUGAUCUAUGACAACAUGAAAGCACCCCUGGUCCAGGACAUUGGUGUGAGUGAACUACAGAGAGCUACAGAGAGGGACAAGUAUGUUUCCUAUCUUGCUGCUUAUGUGAAGAAAGAAUAAUAAUAAGGCUGCUUCGGGAGUCAAGGGCAUCCUCUUUAGAUUUUAGUUCUGUAUUUCCGAGAUCCUGUCCCAACUACAACUAUUAGCAUUAUUUAAAAAAUCCCCAUAAAAUUCUGUCAAUUUAAGAUAGAGAUGUUUUUUUUGCAUUGAAUGCAUCUCAAUCCUCCGCAUACGCCAAUGUCACUCUUCCGCAUCGGUGGUAAAAAGGUGACGGAGCUUGAGCCAUGUUUGUCAGACCAUGAGACAUCCCAAAAAUCGGUCUUUUCACAAAAUCGUCUGUAGUGUUUGAACAGUUUAGCCUAUAAAACUAUUAUAACCCCUCUAUUGAAAGAUGAGACUCUCGCGAACACAAUGGUAUUUGCCGUUUGGGACACGUCUGAAGUUGGUACAGCCGAUCUGCCAACAUCUGUCUGUCGUGUCCGAACAGUUUGGAGUACACACUAAUGCUUCUCUGUGGAAAGGUGACAUGCCUCACAAGACUCCUCUGAAGGAGGUCCCGGUACCAGUUGAAAAAAUGAGUACAAGUACAAUACCGUUCAAAAGUUUGGGGUCACUUAGAUAUUUCCAUGUUUUUGAAAGAAACUUUUUGUCCAUUAAAAUAACAUC